AUGUCCGGCAAGAGAAAAUCAUCCGGCGCAGUCUCUGCGUCCUAUCCGUACCCGAAACGCGCCCGACCCUCUUAUGCACACGACGACCAAGAAGACGACGAUCCCCAGCGCUCAGUGACCCCGUAUGAACGGCCGCGCAACCAUCCGGUAUUCGGUCAGAAAAGCGCCUUUCCGGGCCUCGACACAGGUGAAGGAGAUGAGCUCUUCUAUGGUCCAGCAGAGGAUGGGUUGGAGUAUCUUAGGAUGGUCCGGUCUGAGGCUAACACUCUGCCCACGCUUUUCACCGCACCUACUAUCGAAACAGGAGAGGGCAUUGAAGAAACAAAGGAGGUACCGGUAGAGGUUCAGGCGGAAGAAGAGAAACAAACAAUCCCCGCACAGCGUAUCCGUGAGGGAGUCUACUCAGAUGGGGUUUAUCUUAGUCUUACGAAAACCGAACCUGCGCCGGUGCACGCGUACUCCGACGCGCAGGCCUGCUACUACAACCUUCUCCAUCAUCGAUUCCUUCUUCUCCGAUCGAUUCUGAAAUGCACGCCGCCUUCGGAGGCGAUCGUCGCUCUCGACGAUUCCCAUCCGAUCAGUCUUCCGCGGCGGUCGAAAACCGCGCAACGGGAGUGGCGACGUUUGUUGCUCCAGGUGGAUCCUCAGACUGUGCAGCUGGCCUGCAUGGAUAUGGAUAGUGUUCUGGGAGUGUUGGGGAUUAUGGCACGGCUGAUGUCUGAGAAUGUGCGGAGCGGGAACACCGUCUUGGUCCGGCGCAUUGGAGCCUGGGCUUGGGGGCUUCUAGGCAAGUGUCGGGAUGUUGGCCAGCUGGGGACAGAGGAGGUUGGGGAUAUCCGGGAACUUGGGAAACGGGCUGUGAAGAUUCUAUCGAAGAUGAGAGAAGAGGAGAAGGAGGGACAGGCGGAGGAGGAGGAAGAGGACGCCGAAGAAGAGGAAGACGGAUACGAAUCUGACGUGGAGAAGAAUAUCGAUGGGCAAAUGCAGAAGGACGAGAAACAAGAGGAAGCUAUAAUAGUCGGCGAUACUGAUCCUACCGCCGCUGUCGAUCCUGACCAGCCCGACGCGGAGAAAGCCCCCCCGGGCGACGAGGAGCUUGAGCGUGCCAAAGUACAGCUUCGAGCCCAGAUUUGGGGCACUGAGAAUGGAUCCGCCGCCCAAGAAGCAGAAGAAGGGGAUCAGUCUCCCGUCGACGAUGAGGACAGUGGGCUCGAUGUGAGCACGCAAAUCCGUGCGAUGCUCGACAUGAUCAUUACUGUUGUUGGAGAGCACUAUGGCCAGCGGGAUUUGUUGGAAGCGCGCGAAACCUGGACUUAUAAUUCUCACAGUCCACUGACUGAUAGAACCAUGGCCCCUCCGCUAGAAAUCGCCCUCCCAACCACCAGCAUCUCGCCUACCUCCCCGGCCUACACUCUAUACAACAUCACGCUCCGCCUCCCCCUUCGCUCCUUUGCAAUCUCUAAACGCUACUCCGACUUUACCACCUUUCACACAACCCUUAUCGCCCAGACCAAUGCCGCGCCGCCCCUUCCUCUUCCCGCGAAAUCCUGGUUCUCCAACACCGUUUCGAACGCCACUCUCCGUGAAUCCCGGCGCGAGGGACUCGAAGCCUACCUCCGCGCGAUCAACGAAGACGAGGACUCCAGAUGGCGCAGCUCACCCGCCUGGCGCGCGUUUCUUAACCUCCCCAGCCUAGGAAACGGCAACGGUGCUGACACAACGGGCCACACGGCCUCUACCCGGCUGCAUGCCGCCGCCACAGAACCAGGCAGGGGCGGCGGCGGCGGCGGCGGCGGGGCAUCGAUUACAGACCCGACACUCUGGCUGGAUUGCUACCGCGACAUGAAGUCCCACCUCCAUGAUGCGCGGUUACAUCUCACACGACGAGACCAGGAGACCACGCCGCAGAAGCAACAUGAGAGCUCCGCCCGAGCGAAGAGCAGUCUUGUGCGUGCGGGGACGCUGCUCACGGCCCUGGAAGACGGACUCAGGAACCUAGCGGAGCCGAACGGGGCGGGUUCCGGCGAGGGGACUGGCAAGGCUGUUCGGCGCGGAGGCAGUUCGACUUCGCUGGGGGAGGGGGAGCUGCGUCGACGGAAGGAUCUGCUCAUCAAUUCCCGAAAGGAGAAGGAUGGCCUGGAAGAUUUGCUGAAUGCCAUGGCGGCGAGAAGUCGCAUCGACAACGCAGUGGCGUCGAUCCAGGACAAGGAAGCCCUGGUCGGCGCUGCCGCGGGGAGGAAGCCAGCAAGGUCUGGGAGAGUGCUUGGUCGGGAGACGGAGCGGACGCGCGAGCUGGAUAACCAGGGCGUGGUGCAGUUGCAGAAGGACAUGAUGCAGGAGCAAGACCAGAGCCUUCAGGACUUGAUGAAGGUGGUCCAGCGCCAGAAGGAGCUGGGGAUUGCGAUCAAUGCGGAGUUGGAAAUCCAGAAUGAGAUGCUGAGAAUGGCGGACGAAGACGUGACCAGGUUGGAGCAGAAGGUCGAUGUUGGGAGGAAGAGACUGGGAAAGAUUUCCUAA